AGUCUGUUUUUUGAUCUUUGAGCGAGAUGUAAAACAGAGAGAGCAAAAAAAAAAAGCGUCUUAGCUCGUCUCCAGCAUCGUACGAAGGAUCGCCAUUUCUGGACAUGGAUGGAUUAUGGAAUCAACCUCCCACGCAGCCAACGGCAUAUAUGCCCUGUAGGUCGCUCGAGGAUUAAGGCAAUAUAAUUGGAGAUGCACGCUGAGAAAAAGGAGCUGAAAAGAAAGAUCUUGAUGAUGAUACGAUGAUGGCGAUGGAUUCGAGUAAGCAAGACAGUUCGUGGUUUCUCCCUCAGACAAGAUGCCAGACAGAUUAGCGGAACAGUGACUUGCCACCAGCUUUUCCGAGCUGUUGGAGGCCAUUAAAUAAGCCGAUUCCAUUCUCUCUAAUCGAACUCAUAAAGCUAGAUCUCUUUUCCCUCGCCUUACAAAUCCAUGGCUUCUUCUUGCCUUGCUAAGCUUUUCGCAUGUUGCUGUUGGAUGCUCGUCAUGGUUCACGCCGUGGAUGAUGGAGAAGGAGGAGCUGGAAUGGAGACCGGUGAGCUCUUGGCUUUGUUCGAGGUGAUGGGUGCCCUGCUUCAGGACUCCGGCUGGGCUCAGCUCCAUCCCCGCCCGUGCACUGACACUCCGUGGCUUGGAGUCCAGUGCGAGAUGGUGCAGGAUCCUUAUCUCCAUGUCACGAAGCUCCACAUCGGGCCGGAUGUUGCCUCGCCGCCGUGCAAGAGCUCAGCGCGACUCUCGCCGGCGAUCCUCCGCCUGCCUUACCUCAAGAGCCUCUCUUUGCUCGGCUGCUUCCUCGCCGCUGACGACGAGUCGGUGCCCCUCCCUCCCUCCCUCUUCACCAACGCCUCAUCAUUGGAGCAGCUGGUGAUCAAGUCCAACGCCGGCCUCGCCGGGACCAUCCCUCCCUCCCUGGGCUCCCUCCGCCGCCUCAGGGUCCUCUGCCUCUCGCAGAAUGGCCUCCGUGGAGACAUCCCGAGGGAGCUCGGGUCGCUUGCGAGAUUAGAGCAACUCGACCUCAGCUACAACGAUCUCGCCGGCUCCAUCCCCGCGGAGAUUGGCGGACUUUCGAGCUUGACCAUCUUGGACCUGAGCUGGAACGGGCUGCGAGGCGAGAUCCCUCCUUCAAUCGGUCAGCUGCGGCGGCUCCAGAAGCUCGACCUGAGCUGCAACAACAUCUCAGGGAGGAUCCCAGCCGAGGCAGGCAGGUUGGAGAGUCUGGUCUUGCUGGAUUUGAGCCGCAACUCCUUGGCAGGGCCGCUGCCGGAUGGAUUAUCAGGUUUGAGGCGAGUCCAGUACUUCCUCGCCGAGAGCAACCCUAUCGGCACAGCCAUCCCUCGUUUUCUUGGGGCAAUCAAGAGCUUGAUGGUGCUCGACCUCUCAGGCUGCGGGCUCUCAGGCCCCGUGCCGCCAUUUCUUGCUGCGCUCGGCAACCUCACGACCCUGUCCUUGGACAGGAACAGGCUCAGUGGCAAAAUUCCUUGUUCGUUAGAGACAAUUCCCAACCUCGAUCAACUCAACCUCAGUCAAAACCUCCUCACCGGGGAGCUUGCUUUCUCCGACGAGUUCGUGAGGAGGCUCGGGGGGAGACUGGAUGUGAGGGACAACCGGGGGCUGUGCAUGAACCCACCCAGCCACCGGAACCCUCUUCUCCCAUUCUACUCGCAAGCUCCGCCAUGUCUGACCACUGCCAGCUCCAUCAGCAACAGUGGCCCAGAGACAAACAACGAGACAAUGAAGUCGAUUUCCAACACUUUGAGAUCGAAUCAUGCAACACUCAUUGCUGGCUUGGUUGUGGUCGUGAUCAUAGCAGUAGCUUCAGGUGUUUAAUCCGUGGACUACGUUGUUCAGCAGCGACAUUGAUGGUGGUGGUGGUGGUGGUGCAGAGGAGGGCAGAACUGGAAGAAGGGCAUGUACGCAUCAGAUGUGCCUGAGAUGGAAAGGGGCUAACUUGGAUGCUAAACUGAUCCAUCUUAUGAAAUUUAUUGUUCUACUUGUUAUUUGACAGUCAAGGUCGAGGCUUAUGUGAAGAGACAGGUGAAUGCCGAACGUGAUUUCACAUGCAUUGGUUGUGGGAAAAAACAAACAUCAGAAGUCACAUCGUAUUAUUUAAUGGAUAUAUUGCAUUUCAGACAA